AUGACACAAGCACUCAGUAGGACUGUUUGCAUUAUAUGUGGCAAAGAAAAAGCCGCAUUUAAAUGUGGAGGAUGUUCACAAGAAUUUUGUUUUAAUCAUUUGGAAGAUCACAAACAAGAACUAAGUAAACAAUUCGAUGAAGUUGAAGUUAAUCGUAAUAUCUUUCGGCAAACAUUUACUGAGCAAACAACUAAACCACAAAAACAUCCAAAAAUACAACAAAUUGGUACAUGA